UAUUUAUUUCAAUGCUUUUCCUUACAAAAGAUUAAUUUAAAGCUUAGUCUACAAUAGAGUCGUAAAUCAUAAUGGCUCCUGCACACCAGCGCGAUGACGCGACACGCGAUGCGCGAUAUCCAAUGAGCGUGCAGCUUUUCCGCAUGUCUAGUCUAUAUCGUCUAUAUACGAUUUCCGCAAACUCGUUUAGAACAUCAAUAUCAUCAUGUAGAUGAGCAAUACAUAUAUUGCAAUCGAGUUAUUUUAUAUUAAUAGAUCGUAUUUUUAUGUAAGUGUAUAAUUGAUUAUGAUUAUGUAAGUGUAUAGCCAUUAUCUUUUGAUAUUCGCAUUCACACUCUUUUUGUGAUAUAUCAUUAGGUUAAAAAUAAAAUAAUAUGUUAACCUCAUAACCUAACCAUACGGAUGGCUCGAUGACGGAAUAAAUAUUAUAUUCUCGAUUUUGUUUCUGCGCAUAUUUGCAUUUGUUGCAGUUGUUUAUACACACACACAAAAUGUUUAUAUUAAUAUUUGCUAAAGGACGUUAUACUGUGUGUUCAAAAAAGAAAAAAGUAAAAAAAUCUCACAUUAUCGCAGUUCAUACAAAUAAAUCUGUUUUACAAGAAAUUGCAGACAAUUUGAAUAAAGCAAUUCCAGCUAUAGAAUUAUUAAAUAUUUCAUCAGAUGUAUCGCUAACUUCUGAUACUAAUAACACAUCAAAUGAUAUAUCAAAUAUGCCAAAUUCGAAUAAGAGUGAAGAUAUUUGCGCAUCAUCGAAUGAUUCCAAUAAUAUUGAACAAUGCACUAAAAGUGACAAAAUUGGUAACAGUUUACCGCUGUUUGAUAUAACACACAGCAAUGAUAAAAAUCCUACAUUUUCGUCUAAAAAUGUUCCUACUCUCUCUAGUGAUGGCAGUCCCAAUAAAGUAGUUAAUAAUAAAAUAGCUAAUGAUAACAUGAUAAAUGAUUCAUCAUUCAUUGAUACUGAUGCUAUAUUAGAUAUUAAUACAAUAUUAAACAUUGAUACAUUAAAUGUAAAUUCGAAUAUAGAAAAUGUUUGCACGUUUUUUGAUAUGGAGCAAUGCAGCAUGGAUGAUAAAAAUGAUAAUAUAAGAUCUUGCGAUGCAAAUAAAAUUAAAGACCUUGCGCAUUUACCUAAAGAUAUUUCUACUAUUGACAAAAAUUGCAAUAAAUUACUUAAUACUAACAACAUAAUAAAUGAUUCAUCAUUAAUUAAUGCUGCUGUAUUACCCAUUGAUACUACAUUAAAUGUUAAUGCAUCAAAUAUAAAUUCGAAUAUAGAUGAUAUUUGUUCAUUAUAUGACAAAAACGAUAUUGAACAAUGCAACAUAUGUGAUAGAAAUGAUAUUUUAUAUGACAAAAACGCCUGUGAUAUUGAGCAAUGCAAUAUAACUGAUAGAAAUGAUAUUGUAUAUGACAAAAAUGCCUGUGAUAUUAAGAUAUGCAACAUAAGUGAUAAAAAUGAUAUUAAUAUAACGCUUUGUGAUGCAAAUAUAAAGGCAAUCGAUAAGAUUAAGACUAUAAAAAUUAUAUCCAAUGUAGAAUUUAAUAAUACUUAUAAAAUUAUUGACGAAGGAAAUAUUUUAAAUAAGACUUGCGUCAUGGAUAAUAACAGUUUAAAUACUAUGUUGGUAGAUUUUGCUCCACUUGCAGAAUCUACAUUAACAAAAGAAAAAUCAACAUCAGAAUGUAUGAGUACUAAUGCUAAUAUUGAGUCUGAUAAUUCUCUUACAUCUGAGCGUAAUAUGGAUGACAGUUUCCACACAUCAGAUUGUUCUGUAUCAGAAGAUUCAGAUGAAGAUGAACUUAGCGAUAAUACAAAUCAUACAAGUAUAAAUAAAAGUAAAUUAAAUAAAAGUAAAUUAAAUUUAACAAGUUCAUUAAAUUUAUCUAAAGUAAAUAUAUGUGACGAUAAAGAUAUGUACGUUGAAACAUCUGAUAAUCGCAAAUUAAAGUUGAGUAUGUGUCCAUACUGUAAAAAAUUGCAAUCACAAUUUGCAAGGCAUUUAGAAUCAAUACACAAUACUGAAGAAGAUGUAAAAAAGUUUUGUUUCUUACCUAAAGGUAACCCAGAACGGAAAAAAAUUAUUGCUAUAAUUAGACGAACAGGAAAUUUUGUAUAUAAUACAGAUCCUAACGUUAAUAAAGGAAAUUUAAUUGUAUGUCGUCGUCCGGCAAAAAAAUUAAACAAGCAAGCGGUCGAUUUUAUUCCAUGUGCAAAAUGUAAAGGAUACUUUUCUAAGAAUAACAUUCGACAUCAUUUUAAGUUAUGUACACAAAAGACUGAGUCUCGUCAAAGAAAUGUAAAAGUAUUAGGACGCACAGUAGCUUGCCGUAUACAUUAUAGUGCAAGUACAGUAUUAAAAAGACUAGUAUUUCCAGUGACGAGAGAAGAUACUAUAACUCAGCUUAUUAGAUAUGAUGAGUUAUUAAUUGCUUAUGGAAAUAAAAUGUGUCUAAAGUAUCGUCUUCAACACCAACAUGACAUGAUUAGAGCACGAUUAAGACUACUAGGACGAUUUCUGGCUACUAUGAAGGAAAUUGAUAAUACUGUGGUAGAUUUUACUUCAAUAUAUAAUCCAAAGAGAUAUGAUUAUUGUGUGAAAGCUGUUAAUAAUCUUGCACAAUUUGAUGAAACAACAUGGACAUACAAGGUAUCUUCUGUAGCAUCAUCGUUAGGAACUCUCAUAAAGCAAGUUGGACAAAUUUUAAGGAGCAUAUGCAUAAAAAGACAAGAACUCGAGAAUCAAGUUAUAGUAGAAAAUUUUUUAAAAUUAUUUGAAGAAGAUUAUCCUAUCAGCGUAAACAAAGUUGUACAUGAAACUCAAGGCGUCGAAUGAGACAAAGAAACAUAGUUU